CCUCGCGAGCGCCGCUUCGAGAAACCGGCGGAGGAGAAAGGCGAAGGAGGAGAGUUCUCUGUUGACAAACCUAUUAUUGACCGACCUAUGCGUGGACGUGGUGGACUCGGAAGAGGACGUGGACGUGGCCGUGGAAUGGGCAGAGGAGAUGGGUUUGACUCUCGUGGCAAACGUGAAUUUGACAGACAUAGUGGCAGCGAUAGAUCCGGCCUAAAGCACGAGGACAAGCGUGGUGGCAGUGGAUCACACAACUGGGGAACCGUCAAAGACGAACUAACUGAAUUGGAUCAGUCGGCUGUAACUGAGGAAACGCCAGAAGGAGAAGAACAUCCACCUGCUGAUUCUGAAAACAAAGAGAAUGAGGUUGAAGAAGUUAAGGAAGAAGGUCCUAAAGAAAUGACCCUGGAUGAAUGGAAAGCUAUUCAAAGUAAGGAUCGCGCAAAAGUUGAAUUCAACAUCCGUAAACCAAAUGAGGGUGCUGAUGGGCAAUGGAAAAAAGGAUUUGUUCUCCACAAGUCAAAGAGUGAGGAGACAAAGGCGAUGACAGAAAUGCAGGGGAGUCUGCUGGAAUCAAAUGAGGCUCAUGCUGAGGACUCGGUAAUGGAUCAUCACUUCCGCAAACCGGCGAACGACAUCACGUCCCAGCUGGAGAUCAACUUCGGAGACCUGGGCCGCCCCGGCCGUGGCGGCCGAGGGGGCCGGGGUGGCCGAGGCCGCGGAGGCAGGGCCAGCCGCGGGAGCAGGACUGACAAGUUGGUGAAGGAGUUUGACGUGAUCCACACGCCCAACCAGUCGAGCGCUUCUGCUCCCGAUGUAGACGACCCAGAGGCUUUCCCAGCGCUGUCCUAAACUGGAUGUCAUAAGCCAACCCUGCCCUCACUGGGCCUUCCUCUCCGAGGCUUGCAUGCUUAAGGAUCCUAAACAACUAAGAAAUUAAAAAAAAAAAAAAAAGAGACUGUCAUUCAUACCAUUCACACCUAAAGACUGAAUUUUAUCUGUUUUGAAAAUGAACUUCUCUCGCUACACAGAAGCAACAAUAUGGUAGUCAGUUUUGUAUUUAGAAAUGUAAUGGUAGCAGGGAUGUUUUCAUAAUUUUUUCAGAGAUUAUGCAUUCUUCAUGGAUACUUUUUUGUAUUGCUGCUUGAAAAUAUGCGUUUCCAAACUUGAAAUAUAGGUGUGAACAGUGUGUACCAGUUAAAAGCUUUCACUUCAUUUGUGUUUUUAAUUCAGGAUUUUAGACGUUUUCCCCAAACAACAAACUGGUUUUUAGUUAUUGCUGCACACUAUUUCUGUUUCCAUAACACCUAUUUAGGAGAUUUUUAUCAGCCCAUGGUCUUUUGGAAUAUGUAAAGUUUAAUUUGGCAAACUGUUAGUACUGUGUGGAAUACUAACUCCUGGAAAUAUUUUAAUUUAGUUUUAAUCCUUAAUUUCCAACUUGGAAAAACAGUCAUUUUUCAUCUAUGUUUGGUAGUUUGUUUACACAAAAUCUUUAUACAAAAUUGAUAUCAAAUACUUGAAAAAAAAUAUUCAAAGCACAUUGGUUUAUAGUUAAAUACCUGUGUAAUGAUCCAGCAGUGAUGUGUGGAUAAUUGGUCUAAACAGUUUUUUUAAAUUCUGUAUUACACCUCUCACUCGCCCUUUUUACCUUUAUUCCCUCCUCCCUACAACAAACCUAGAUGCUUUGUUGGCAAAAAAAA